AAACUAGCUGUGGUGGGAAGUAAAUGUCGUCGAAGUUACCGUGACGCCGGCUUCGCAGGCUACUGAUGGGAUGGGCGGCCGGGAUCAGUGUGGUUGGGUUGGCAGCAGCGCAGCAGGAGCAGCAUCUUAGCCUUCGCCCCAUUCGCCAUACACUUCAUUGUUUGUGACAAGCAGAGGCGUUGUUGUUGUGCAUUUGGGUCUGUGAUUGGAAGAGGGAGGAGGGGGCGAGGCAGCAUUUUGGGUGCAUCUCUGAGGUGACCAGCAACAAUAAAGUGGAAUUUGCGCGCUGGAAAUGAAGUGAUGUCUAUCGGGUGUUUUUCUCACCUUAGGCUAGGCCCUUGUUUUUCAGUCCUUGCUCCUACGAAUUGAAGACUUAUCUGCGAACGCCCGGAAUUGUAGCACGAGAAUCUUCGGAUUCACGAGCUUCCUUCUAAAUCAUGGCGGGGGAAUAUUUCCCUGCAUGGGCAAGGUCUGUGCAGCAGUGCCUUGACCAUUUUGAAGUCGAUGUUAGAAGUGGUCUCAGCCAAAGCAGCAUUGCAAAGAGGCGUAAGCAGUACGGGUGGAAUGAACUGGAGAAGGAGCCUGGAAAACCAAUGUGGAAGUUGGUUUUGGAGCAGUUUGACGACAUGCUGGUCAAGAUUUUGUUGGUUGCAGCGUUGAUAAGUUUCAUUCUCGCCUACAUAGAUGGUCAUUCUCCGGAUACUAGCGGAAUUGGAGCCUACGUAGAGCCUUUGGUCAUUCUUUUUAUACUUAUACUGAACGCCAUAGUUGGAGUAUGGCAAGAAAGCAAUGCUGAGAACGCAUUGGAAGCAUUAAAGGAGAUGCAGUCUGAGAAUGCAAAGGUUUUCAGAGAUGGUAAAUAUAUUUCGGAUUUGCCUGCUCGAGAGCUUGUUCCAGGAGAUAUUGUAGAGCUCCGUGUCGGUGAUAAGGUUCCCGCAGACAUGCGCAUUGUAAAACUGAAGACAUCAACUGUGAGGGUUGAGCAGAGUUCGCUUACAGGUGAAAGUAUGUCUGUGACGAAAACCAGCUAUGCAGUGGAGGAGAAUAUUGAGUUGCAAGGCAAGGAGUGUAUGGUAUUCGCGGGCACCACUAUUGUGAACGGUUGUUUCCUGUCUGUGGUAAUAACCACCGGCAUGAAAACUGAGAUUGGCAAGAUCCAAUCUCAAAUCCAGGAGGCUUCACUUGAGGAGGCAGAUACGCCUCUGAAAAAGAAGUUGGAUGAAUUUGGAGAGCUUCUAACUAAAGUGAUCGGUGUGAUAUGUCUUCUUGUCUGGAUCAUCAAUUACAAAUACUUUUUGUCAUGGGAGAUGAAGGAUGGUUGGCCCACAAAUUUCCAAUUCUCAUUUGAGAAGUGCACAUAUUAUUUCAAAAUUGCUGUGGCUUUAGCUGUUGCAGCUAUCCCAGAAGGGCUUCCUGCCGUUAUUACCACUUGUUUAGCUUUAGGAACAAGGAAAAUGGCAGCCAAGAAUGCUAUCGUCCGGAAGCUCCCUAGUGUUGAGACUUUAGGGUGUACCACUGUUAUCUGCUCCGACAAGACCGGCACAUUAACGACAAAUCAGAUGUCUGUAACUGACCUUGUUCUCAAUGGCCCAGCAGCUGGAGUGACCCGUCAAUUUCAUGUUGAGGGCACGACAUACAGUUUCUUGGAUGGAAAGAUUGCUGGUUUGCGUAUUGGCCAGUUGGACCCGAACAUUCAGUCCUUCGCUGAAAUCGCUUCACUUUGUAAUGAUGCUGGAAUCUUAUAUCAGGGGAAUACAUUCAAAGCCACUGGCAUGCCAACUGAAGCAGCCCUGAAGGUUGUGGUGGAAAAGAUGGGAGUUCCAGAUCCAGCCACCCAGUCAAUCAUCACCAACCAGCGUUCUAGUGAAGCAUUGGCUCUGAACGGGGAAGUGCCUUUGGGCUGCAAUGACUGGUGGAGCGAAAACGAGCCUAGAAUUGCGAUUCUUGAGUUUGAUCGCAGCCGCAAAUCAAUGAGCUGUAUUGUCAGGAAGGAUGGAGUCAACAGGCUGCUUGUGAAGGGAGCCGUGGAGAACAUUUUGGAGCGUAGCACUCGUGUGCAACUUUCAGAUGGUUCAGUGGUGAAAAUGACACAAUCAGCUCGUGAUGAUCUGCUUGCAAAACUGGAUAGCUUGAGUGCUAAGGCACUCCGCUGCUUAGGGUUAGCCUACAAGGAUGAUUUGCAAGAUCUUGGUGAUUACGAUGGAGAUCAUCAUCCCGGUCAUGCAAGGCUCCUGGAUACCUCAAAUUAUGACAAGAUUGAAAGCGAUCUCAUUUUUGUUGGCAUGGCUGGAAUAAGAGACCCUCCCCGUGAAGAAGUACGUGGGGCAAUCGAAGAUUGUAAUGAGGCUGGUAUACGAGUGAUGGUCAUAACUGGAGACAACAAAAACACUGCUGAAGCCAUUUGUUCUGAGAUUGGUAUCUUCAAGGAUGGUGAAGAUCUCAAAGAUAAGAGCUUUACAGGCCGUGAGUUUAUGGAGUUUUCUCCCGAACGUCGCAGGAAAAUUCUUUCUGGUACUGGAGGUCGUGUUUUCUCACGUGCGGAGCCUAAACACAAACAAGACAUCGUACGCAUACUGAAGGAGGCUGGGGAGGUUGUAGCCAUGACUGGUGAUGGCGUGAAUGAUGCUCCUGCCUUGAAGCUUGCUGACAUUGGAGUGGCAAUGGGUAUUGCGGGAACUGAGGUGGCGAAGGAGGCAGCAGACAUGGUGCUUGCAGAUGAUAAUUUUAGCACGAUUGUGGCAGCUGUUGGAGAAGGUCGUUCGAUAUACAAUAAUAUGAAGGCCUUUAUCAGAUACAUGAUAUCGUCAAACAUUGGUGAAGUGGCAUCAAUAUUUAUGACAGCAGCAUUAGGCAUGCCGGAAGGAUUAGUACCAGUUCAACUUCUUUGGGUAAAUCUAGUGACCGAUGGCCCUCCAGCCACUGCUCUAGGUUUCAAUCCUCCCGAUUUGGACAUAAUGCAAAAGCCUCCUCGGAAAAGUGAUGAUGUCCUAAUUAACGCAUGGGUGUUCUUCCGCUAUUUGGUCAUCGGCUUGUAUGUGGGAGUAGCUACUGUAGGUGCAUUUGCGUUGUGGUAUACUCAAGCCUCCUUUCUUGGGAUCAACCUAGCAGCUGAUGGUCAUACGCUGGUGAGUUUCUCACAAUUAACGCACUGGGGCGAGUGCUCUACAUGGAAAGACUUCAAGGUAGCGCCAUUUACUGCUGGCGACCUGACACUCUCCUUCGAUGACAAUCCGUGCGAUUAUUUCACGACCGGGAAAGUGAAGGCAACUACUCUCUCAUUGUCCGUUCUUGUGGCCAUCGAAAUGUUCAACUCUUUGAACGCCCUUUCCGAAGACGGGAGUUUAGUGUCUAUGCCGCCCUGGGUCAACCCUUGGCUACUUUUAGCUAUGGGCCUUUCCUUCUCCCUUCACUUUUUGAUUCUUUAUAUUCCUUUCCUGGCCAAGAUAUUUGGCAUUGUGCCAUUAAGUCUGUUAGAAUGGCUCCUGGUUCUUGUUGUAUCUCUCCCCGUGAUUUUGAUAGAUGAAGUCCUUAAGUUCAUCGGUAGAAGAAUGAACCAGCGUGAGCGACAAGCCAGGAAGUUAAAAUGGGCUUAAAUGAUAGGUGACAGGGAUGUUUGACAAGGGAAUUAUAGUACUUGGGCUUGGUUGGUAUGGAUACCAGGUAUGGCUCAUUCCACAUGCACUUAUUAUUUCUUUCUUCCCCUCAAACUGUCCUCUACUAAACCUGGGGCACUCUUUUAGCUUAUCCAGAGGUCCUUGGCCAUUCAACACUUAGACCUCUCAUUUAAUUGCUAGCACUAACACUGCAACAGCAUAUAGUUGUCGUUUAAAGUCAAUCAAAUGUCUGGUUGCGUUAGCUGAGGCUCCUUGCGCUCAUAGAAGUGCAAAUUGAACUUGUCCAUUGUUAGGAUUCAUUCAUGGAUAUUUUCAAGAAAAUUAAGUUAGCUUAUUUUGAUUGUGAAUAUUGCCCUGCUGCCCCAGAGAUUGUUACAGGACAUUUUGGUGAAUUCAUGAAUUUCAUACUGGACCCCAUUCAACUUUUUACUGGAAGGUCAACUUUUCCUCUUCAUAUAAUUGUAAUUUGAUACUGCGGUAUCGUUGGCCCCA